AAGAUUUCAUUGUUGCAAGAAUAUUAUAUGGUUAUUACAGAUAAUCUUUCUAAAGAGACAUGUGAAGCUUGCGUGUUUUGCACAAAAAUGGUAUCGAGAGUAUACUGACGUAAACAAAAAGAAGGACAUGGUAACAGAAUCUCUAAGGCCUUCGUGAAAGAUUCUGGAAGUAGCACAUGCUGCAAUAGCUUAAAAUAAAACCACGGAGGCCUUCACUGGUUUCAAAUGGACCGUUCCGUUCAUUCUUCGGAAGGAAUGGGACACGGUUCCUCCAUGGUUUGGAACGGGGCCUUAGAUAAAGAAAAUAACAAUAGCAAUGAAAAUAUUUCGUCAAGCAAUGAGAACGUUGGGCCCGUCAUCAGGAUACUCGAGAUAGAGGCCAAAAUCGACAAAGAACCAACUCAAGUUGAUGAAAGCUCGUCUGCAGUCUUGAAAUACCGAACGCCCAACUUCAGGGCGAGUGCUACAGUGGAAAUUUCGCCCUUCUCUGACAAUGAAGCCUGGAAGGUUGGCUGGAUCCAGGCAUGCACUGAUAUGACAUUUCAUAACACUUAUGGCAAGGAGGGAUACACCAGCUGGGAAUUCCCUGAGCUCACGUCGGGCAAACAGACCAUGAUCUCGGACUGUGACGGUCGCCACUACCCGUGGUACGGCUCCCGCAACGAGACGGUCAUCUUCAAGGGGCCCUGUGACCGUUACCAAACUGCCACGGUGUACAUGAACGACAACUUCCACCCGCAUGUUACCUGGAGAAACCCGGCCAAUCGUCACCAGCUGGAACCCAACCUGACGCACAUCAUCAGAGACCAGAGCUUCUACGUGUGGCUGGUGGCCUGGAACAUGGUCACCAUGAAGAGCUUUGUCAUGCAGACCAUAUCCUGGUGCAUGCAGCUCGAGAUCGCCAUCGACCCGCGGCGCCCCCUGGGGGAGCGAGCCACGCUCAUCAGCAACCCGGUGCCCCGCCAGCCCAUCAUCCUGGACUACAAUGUGCCCAUCCCGCGCUGCGCCCUCACCCCGCCCUGCGCCAACUCCGCCCAGAUGCUGGUGUGGCACCCGCGCCGCGGCAAGCCGGUCUGCGUCAUCCCGCCCGUGUGGAAGAGCCAGAGCCGCAGCCCGAAGAGGGAGAGCAAAUUGUGAUUUCCAGAACAUCUGCAGAAGUAUAGUGUCGAGCAAAUUGUGAUUCCCUGCACGUCUCCAGAAGUAUAGUGUCGAGCAAAUUGUGAUUUCAAACAAGAUUGCAGAAGUUUAGUGUCGAGCAAAAUUGUAAUUUGGAGCAUGUCCGAAGAAGUUUAGUGUCGAGCAAAAUUGUAGUUCCGAGCAUGUCCGAAGAAGUUUAGCGUAGGAUUUUAAAAACUUUUUAACCUUCUAGUGCCCACAACAAGAAUAUUGGCAUAAAAAUUGGGCUUUCUAUUGAUGUGAUGAGGACCCAAUGCAGAUUAAAACCACUGAGGUUAAUUCAUUCACUUAACUAUACAUGUGCAUUUUGAACCCCUUCCCCCCCCCCCCCCAAAA